AUGCAGCCUUUGGUGUUUGACGCCUCCGUCCUCAGCCGCAAGCCUGACAUCCCCACCGAGCUCGUCUGGUCUGAAAAGGACCGACCAACCUCCGAUUCCUUCGACGAGCUCGAUCUUCCCGUCAUCGAUCUGGCUAGUUUUUUCUCCGGAAAUGACGAAACUGCCCUUGAGAUCGCCAAGCAAGUCGGAGAAGCGUGUGCAAAGCACGGGUUCUUUCUGCUCACCAAUCAUGGGGUUGAUGAGGGUUUGUUGGAGGAGGCGCAGAGAAGGACCGAGGGGUUCUUCAGGAUGAGUUUGGAAGAGAAGGAGAGGGUUAAGAGAAAAGCUGGGGAGAUAUUUGGGUAUGCGAGUAGUUUUACGGGGAGGUUUGCUUCGAAUUUGCCGUGGAAGGAGACACUGUCGAUUCCUACUAAUGCUGCCGAGGAGUACAUCGUGAAGACCUUGGGUGAUGACUUCCAACAAUAUGGGAAUGUGUUGCAGAAGUAUUCCAACGCAAUGAACAAGCUUGUUUUGGAGAUAUUGGAGGUGUUAGGGUUGAGCCUUGGUGUUGGGCGCUGGUUCAGGGACUUUUACUCUGAUAAUGACUCAAUCUUUAGGGCUAAUUACUACCCUUCUUGCCUAAAGCCAGACCUCACUCUUGGGACCGGGCCCCACUACGAUCCGACCUCCGUCACCAUUUUGCAUCAAGAUGAGAUAACUGGACUUCAAGUCUUUGUUGAUGGGAAGUGGUACACUGUUAGCCCCAAGCCUAACACCUUUGUCAUCAACAUUGGGGAUGCUUUCAUGGCACUGACGAACAAGAGGUACAAGAGUUGCAUGCACCGAGCAGUGGUAAAUAGCACGGCAGCAAGGAAGUCACUGGUGUUCUUUCUGUGCCCGAGGAAGGAUAAAAUCUUGCGGCCGCCGGAGUCACUCAUCAAUGCUGAGCACCCGAGGGCUUACCCUGACUUCACAUGGGCAACAAUGGAGGAAUUCACUCAGAAGCAUUACAGAGCUGAUACCCAGACUGCUAAUGUCUUUGCUCGGUGGCUUCAGAAGAACAAAGAGGAGGGCAUUACUGUUGAGUGGGAUUGAUUGAUGAUAAUAAGUAUGUUUGGGAGCUGGUCUCUUUUUAUGUCAAAACCAAAAGAAUAAAUGAUUCUGA